AAACAAUGUCUUAGUAAUUAUAACAAACCUUAUUUUAUAGGGCACUUUUCUUCACAGUGUUACCGAGAGCUUCAAGAGAUAACCCCAAAAAGGUUGAGAACAUGAGAAUGAAACAAAAAAAAAACUUUUAUGGGAAAGUGGUGACACGCAGAUGUCAGGGGUUUGGCAAGGUACAGUAGUUUUAUAUUAAUAAGCCACAUUUCAAACAUUACAUUCAUUUAGCUGACGCGUCUCUCCAAAGCGACUUAAAGCAAGUGCAUCCGGCCAUGAAGACGUCGCUCCAAACACAGAGGCACAGAAAAACAUGACAGCGAUCACAAACAACAAGUAGUAAAAACCGUAAUGAAAUAAAUGAAUGAAGACAGAAUACAAUGAGAUUUAAAAAUAAUACAAACAGACUAAAUCAAUAAUAGACCAUGAAUACAACAAGGGAUAUAAUACCAGUACUUGUAAUAUUCAUCACAUUUACACAAGUUGAUGCUUUUAUAAUCCAUGUUUUAUCUUUGGCAUUGACACUGAAAUUAAACGAUAAUUCGGGUUUAUUACAAAUUGAGUCUCGUCAGUAAAUAUAACACUGGACAUCACCUAUGAAUCGUAGGAAGAUGAGCAGUCAGGUGAUCGGGUUUUGAAAUAAUCAGUGUAGCCCAACUGGUCUGACUUAAAGUAGCAAACUUCACAUUUGUCACCGCGAUCCCAGAUCUCUGCAAUGAACCUUGAUCAGUACACUUCCAUCAUAAUAGAAAUGAUGAACAAAAAAUGGAGAAGCUGACUUGAAAAACCUUGUCUCGCUCCCUCACAUGUCUUCUAAUCCUCGUCACCGGGGCCACGCUCGUGUGCAUGUGUGUGUCGGGUCUCAGCGCACGCUGCUCACCACCACGUGUCCGUGUCAGGGCCUCCGAUGAGCUGACGUAGCGGGUCGGCGCGGCGACGAGACCCCCCCCCCCCCCCCCGGGCUGAGCGAUGGCCUUCUUCAAGAGCUUCCAGCAGAACCUGCCGUCUGUCAACAUCUCCUCCAUCCUGGACUCGGUCACCAGCCGCGUGGACGACUUGGCCAACGCCGUCAGCGACGUCACGUACGCCGUCAGCGACCAGCUGACCGAGCAGGUCACCACCGCCAUCAAGAAGGUGCAGGAGGAGGAGGACGGCGGCGAGGACGGCGGGCAGGACGGCAUGUGGCAGAUGUCCAGGGACGCGGAGGCGGGCAGCGGCGCCUCCAAAAGCAGGCCGGCCGGCGACGCGGCCGAGGCGGAGCAGGCGCCCGGCCAGCUGGAGUGGGAGUGGAGGGACGGGUGCUGGCGGGUUAAAAGGACGGAGGCUGAGUUGGCAGAGGAAGAGAGGAAGAAGAGAGAGGAGCAGGAGCUACAGGAAAAGAGGGAGCAGAGGAGGAGAGAGAGGCGGGAGAAGCAGCUGCAGAAGGAAGCCAAGUGUCAGCGAGAGAAAGAGGGAGUUCAAGAGGAGGAAGCCGACGAGAGAACAGACGGCGGCGGCGGCGGACGAGGCCGAAAGGCGAGCGACGGUGGAGAGCGAUCGGCGGCUCAGCAGGGAAGCGGUGACUGUGAUGGAGCUCCUGCCUCCCCUGAAACUGAGAGCGCGUCAUCCCAACAGGAGAGGCCGAAAGAUGAUGGGGAAGAGGAGGAGGAGGAGGAGAAGGAGGCGGAGGCGGAGGUGCAGGUGCAGGACAGCGCGGAGAGAGAGGGAGGCGACGAGGAAGAGGCCGAGCCUCCCGCUCCUCCGUCGGCGGGGAAAAAGAAGAAGUGCGACAGGAAGAAGGGAAAAGGCGCAAAGGAGGAUUCGAAGAAAUCGGCGAAAAAAGCCUCGGACGUGGAGAAGAAGAAGAAGGAGGAGAAAGGCAAGAAGAGCAGGAAGAAAAAGAAAGGCAGCCAAGGUCAGAAGGUGUGCCGCGUCUCCCUCGCCACCACUCUUCAUCACUUCUUCUUCCCCCUCUCUGCGUUUGAAAAUGAAAUGGCAAAGCUCCGCGUGUUCUGUGAAAGUUUCAGCAUCUGUAUCUCCGCUCUUUCCUGCUCCUUUGCUUUUCUCAAGCACACAUUGUGUUGUUUUGCCAGACGAAUGUAACGCCUGAGCCCGGGUGUCCGUGUGUGUGUGUGUCCGUGUGUGUCCGUGUGUGUGUGUCCGCGCAGAGGGAGUU